CAGAGUGAGAGAGGAGGUAGUCCCUCCAAGCUUUGCUGACAUUCCCGAGCGCUGCAGGGGAUUGAACAGUGUGAAGAACAGUAGAUUAACUGUGAGGGGGUUCCUUCAACCCGCGCUCUGUCACACACUUCUUUACAGCACGGCACGGCUUCUGGACAGAAAGCAAACCUCUGUGUUCACUUGGGGUGGAAGAGAAAAAGAAGAAAGCUGAUCAAGAAAGCAAGAAGAGGAUCUGCUAGAAGAAAGCAACAAACAUGUCCAACGCUCUGCUUAGGAGAAACUCCAGCAAACAGGGUCUGCAGAACCUCAUGAGACUGACUGCUCAGAGGAGCAUCGAGGACGCUGAAGAGGUGGAGAGAGAGCGCCGUCGAAGAGCCCGGGAGGCUUUACACCGAAGAAGCAGUGGCUCCACCCCUGGAGAAUCAUCCCCCGACAGCGAGGUGUUAGCAGGAGAGAACAGAUUUGACAUGAGCUUCAAACCAACCAGUUCCCUGGAGGAAGAUGAGGGUUUCAGUGACUGGACUCAACGCAGAGAGAGACGGAGGCAGCAGUGUCUGCAGGAGCUCAAUUUGGGAGGCCAGGAAGUGCAGGAUGAGAAGGAAGAAGUCUUCUUCAACAAACUUCAGCCUACAAAAACCACUGACAUCCAUGCUGCUUCUGCAAGCCGACUCCCAAGAAAAGAAGAGGGAGAGAUCCUGAAUAACAGAGUUGAGACUGAGAAGAGGAUGGAAGAUGAUGUGGAAGGGAGGAUGGAGAAGAAGGAAAAGAACAGAGAAGUGCUGAGUCCAAGCAGACAGGAAGAGAUUCAGAAGCCAAAAUCUGAGACAGAGAAAAGACUGCAAAUGACAGACCCCUUCACCUCAAAGGCUUUCCUUCGUCAGGAUUUAAAACACGGCAUCUUCAACGGGCACGGCCCCACCAAUGAAGUCAUGUCACACCUCAAGAAAGCAAACAGAUCAAGCAGCAGGAACGUGGAGCCAGAGGAGGCUGAGGCUAUCCAGGAGGUGGAACAGCGACUGGAGAGGAUCCGCCACAGCUUCCAAGAAAAAGAGAGCCAAGAACUGGAACAACUGAAACUGAGACAAGCUGAGGCUGAACAGGAGCUGGAGGAGAUGAAGAAGAGGAGAGAGGAGAGGCAGAAACUCCGAAAGGUAGAGGAGCGCUUUAAAGAAGAGGAGGAACAGCAGCGGCUAGCCAAGGAAGAGGACGAAAGGAAACGGAUGAAGGAAGAGAUUGAGAAGAGGAGGAUGGAGGCAGCUGAAAGGAUGAAGACCCUGAGCACUUCCAGCAUUGAUGGGGAAGAAAUAUUCAGUCCAAUUAGCCCCAAAGUUUCAACUCAAAGGAUCACAGAGAAGACAGAAUCCCUGAACCGAUCGCUGAGGAAAAGUAACAGCUUUAAGAAGAUGCAGCCUCUCAUCCUUUUGCCCAAGAUUGAUGACAAACUGGAGCAGUAUACCAGUGCUGUGGAGAACUCUCAGGACGCACGGGCAGUGAAGGCAUCAUUGACUGAUAUACCCAUGUCCCCAGAAGUUGUUGCCUCCAAGAAAAGUCUUUUUGAGGCUGGGGAGGCCUGGAGCCAGAGUCCCAGCAAAGGAGCCUCCUGCAAGGAUGCUGAGGGUCUGAAGGUGGGCGUGGCCAGUCUGAUCAACCAGUGGGUGAGAGGCCAGUCAGACAGCAGUGGCAGGCCGUCAGCCUGCAGAGCAGCAGAUGUGAAGCCUGGAGAUGUGAUGCAGAAGAAGAACAUGUGGGAGGUUAUGGGAGACUCAGGGAGGCAGGAACAAAGACUAAAGGGUUCAGCAGCUGAAAAAAAGUUCAAGUUUGUUGUGACCGGCCAUGGCAAAUACGAGAAGAUUCCAGCAAAAGACCAGAGUGGAGGACAAUCCAAGUCUGAUUCCUAUCAUAUCAGCUGCUGAGGUGGUGCCAUGUCUGCAUCUGAUCUCAGCACAGCCAAGCAUCUCUACAGCCUCACUUCUCUCUGCCACAUCCUAAGGAUUGUCAGAGGGGUUGCUGGAGUUUCUCCCAGCUAUUGAAAAGUGAAAGCAGGGUUCACUUUAAGGUCACUGUGAUAUUGUCCAGAAUAUUCAACAAAAGUAUGUUUUUGCCUAGCUGUCAAUUUUUUUAUUUUUAUAAUAGGAUUGUGUUGUCUUUUGUUUUGCAUUUUCUGAAUUUUUAAAUAUCCUAUUUUUUCACCUUCACAUAGUUCCAGAGUGGAUUCUUGAUAUCAGUUUGAGCGUUAUAUGAUUUUGGGGAAACUGUUUAGAGAUGGCAUAAAUAAAUAAUGUCUGGCUUCUUGUGCAUCCUGAAUCUGACCAGGUUCACACGGAUCUUUUGACUGCAAAACAAUCUGGGAAAAUUGAGCUGCAUAUAAAAAACCUGCAAAAGAGACAAACUGAUGAAACAAGAGACAGCUAAAAGACACUUGGUGCAUCUUGCCAAUGCUCACUGGAUGAGGUUUUUCCCCCUACAUUUGAUUAAAAUGAUUCACUUGUCAGAAGCUUUAUUAGACACAGACAAAUAUAUUCUUACAGAAAUUUGUUUUAGUUAACCUGCUGAUGCCUUUCUCGUUCCUUCAUGGUAGACACAUUUUUUAUUCUUCUUUGCUAAGAUUCCUGCCUGUUAAUGGGUGUGACCUUUUUUUUUAAAUAAAACUGGAGGAGUUUUGUUACCCCUCAUUUUGUUUGUAAUA